AUGACCUCCACAAUGAACAAGAUCCUCGAAAAGCUAAAUCUCUCCUCCAAAGAAGAAGGAGUCCCGGCAAAAGAGCCGACGGAAAAAGAAUUCGGUGAACUACGGGAACUUUAUGAAAAAGCAGGUCAAGAGCAAGUUCUAACAUUCUACGAUAAGCUUGACACCGCCGAAAAAGCGGGCCUUUUCGAGCGUCUCUCUUCUAUCGAUCCCAAUUACAUUAAUGAGAUCACUCGGAAAGCACUAAAGCCUCAGGACUCCGGAAAAGAAGGGCAGACCAAGCUAGAACCCCUGCCAGAAGAAGCAACCGCCUCGAUAUUUGAUUCAAAGUCAGAGGACAUCGAGUCAUGGUACAACUCCGGCUUGGAUCUAGUAGCUGAAGGGCAGGUUGCUGUGGUGUUGAUGGCUGGUGGGCAAGGCACACGGCUGGGUAGCUCUGCUCCCAAAGGAUGUUUCAACAUUGGUCUACUCAGCGGAAAGUCACUGUUCCAGAUACAGGCGGAGAGGAUAUGGAAGGUCCAGCAGCUGGCAGAAAAGAAGAGCGGGAAGAAGGACAUCGUCAUACCUUGGUACGUGAUGACUAGUGGACCUACACGAGGGCCAACAGAAAAUUUCUUCGAGGAACAUAAUUAUUUCGGCUUGGGAAAGGACGAUGUGGUCAUCUUCGAGCAAGGCGUUCUUCCCUGCAUCUCCAACGAAGGGAAGAUACUAUUGGAAAGCAAGUCAAAGGUAGCAGUCGCUCCAGAUGGGAAUGGUGGCAUCUACCAGGCACUCUUGACCUCCAAUGUUCGAACCGAUAUGCGGAAACGAGGAAUCCAACACAUCCACGCCUACUGUGUGGAUAAUUGCCUGGUGAAAGUGGCUGACCCGGUGUUCCUGGGCUUCUCUGCAUCCAAGGACGUGGAUAUUGCCACCAAAGUGGUUCGAAAGCGAAGUGCGAAAGAAUCAGUCGGCCUGAUCUUACUCAAGAAUGGGAAACCAGAUGUCGUAGAGUACUCGGAGAUCGACACAGCUACUGCGGAGGCCAAGGAUCCGAAGCAACCAGAAAUUCUCAAGUUCCGGGCAGCAAAUAUCGUUAACCAUUACUACUCAUUCCGCUUUCUGGAGACCAUCGAAGAAUGGGUGCACGAGCUCCCCCAUCAUGUAGCUAGAAAGAAGAUUCCGUACGUUGACACAGACAAGGGGGAGACAAUCAAGCCAGAAAAGCCAAAUGGUAUCAAAUUAGAACAGUUUGUCUUCGACGUUUUUCCAAUGCUCGAUCUUAAGAAGUUUGCAUCAAUGGAGGUCAAGCGAGAGGACGAGUUCUCGCCCCUGAAAAACGCCAAAGGAACAGGGGAGGAUGACCCAGAUACGAGUAAGAAGGAUAUACUAGAACAAGGCAAGAGGUGGAUCGAGGCAGUCGGAGGGACUGUGGUGAGCGACAGUGGAGCUGAUGAAACUGCGGUUGAAGUCUCGCCUCUGAUCAGCUAUGGCGGUGAGGGUCUUCACUUUCUCAAAGAUAGGACAAUCAAAGCUCCUGCCGUCAUCGAGAAGGAGCCUUCGGAGUGA